UGUGUUUGUCCUGUCAUACGCUGGUGUCUUGCGUUGUUUUCAUCAUUCUUGUGCGCAAAAAUAUCACGUCAGUGGUCUUCACCGAAGCAUUAAUUCAUGUCUCAUGCAGCGUAGAACCAAAAUUUAAGUCAAUAAAAAUAUGUCUGACUAUGCUCAUUUCACUGUCGCUUCACAAGGUCUUUACUUCUAACGGAAACAUACUGCAUCAAAGUGAAACCGAUUGACGAUUUCGAUGGAAACUAAACUACUGUUAUCUAUGAUCCAGAAAAACAUCUACCUCAAGCAGACACAGAUACUGGUGGCGAAACAUCAAGUCAAAACGAAAUUCCUACGGUUACUGUAGCAAUGCCAUUUAUGCAAGUUGACAUGCUUGGACAUUCUGGAGCAUCUACUGCUGGUGCACACUCUACAACGACAAACCGAAUGACUGAUGGGGAAGAGAUUCCACCUCCGAAACUAGAUUUCUCUGCACCACCACCUUAUGAAGUAGCUACAAAAUUACCCAGUUAUGAAGAGGUUCAGCGUGAAAAGACUCUACAAGGAGAGCCACAACCUCAAGUACACAUGCCAGGAAAUAUUAGACCACCACAGCAGCCUUUAACAAUAUUGGCAAUAGAUACUGAAGCUGCGGAAGGAGAUCCAGAAAGUGGGCUACUUGGCACAGAUUUUAUGUUCUUCACAGCGUUUCUUGUCGCAUUUUUAUUCAACUGGAUCGGAUUUUUGUUACUGAUGUGUUUCUGUCACACUAUUGCUUCUCGUUACGGUGCACUAGCUGGCUUUGGAUUGUCUCUCACGAAGUGGACACUCAUUGUUAAACACUCUACCGACCUUGCUUCGCGAGAGAAUUCAUGGCUAUGGUGGUUGAUAAUGGCAUUUGGUGUUCUAAUUUGUGUACGUGCUAUCAUUCAAUAUUUAAACAUCAAACGAGGAUGGAGAUUAUUGUCCGGAAGCGCACAGGAGCGUUUACUUUUUUUCUAUUAA